CUCCUGCUUUUGUCUCCUAAUGAGAAGAUUGGCUGCAACUCAGAUGAUCCUGUCAAAGUAGGUGGAUCGCUAGCUGCUGAUUCCAAGCCGGGAUAUGCUACAUGCUCACUGCCGCUAACAAUGACCAUGACCCUUCACACAAAAACCUCUGGUGUUGCUUUGCUGCACCAGAUACAAGGCACUGAGCUGGAGACUCUGAGCAGACCUCAGCUGAAGAUUCCCCUGGAUCAACCGUUCGACGAAAUGUAUGUGGAAAGCAACAAAACUGGGGGUUUUAACUACCCAGAAGGCACCACUUACGAUUUUCCCACCACUGCACAACCAGUGUACAGCUCAACCAGCCUCAGUUAUGCCCCUACAUCGGAAACAUUUGGGUCCAACAGCCUGGGAGGGUUUCCCUCUCUGAAUAAUGUUCCUCCUAGCCCUGUUGUGUUUUUACAGACGGCACCACAACUCUCGCCUUUUAUUCAUCGCAACCAGCAGGUACCGUACUACCUUGAGAACGAAUCGGGAAACUUUUCAAUGAGAGAUGCUGCUCCCUCUGUUUUCUACAGGCCAGGCUCAGAUAACAGACGUCACGGUGGCAGACAGCAAAUGGCUUGCACCAGUGACAAGGGAAGCUUGUCCAUGGAAUCUGCCAAGGAGACCCGCUUCUGUGCUGUGUGUAAUGAUUAUGCUUCAGGCUACCAUUACGGCGUUUGGUCCUGCGAGGGCUGCAAAGCCUUCUUCAAAAGAAGUAUCCAAGGUCACAAUGACUACAUGUGUCCUGCUACCAACCAGUGCACCAUUGACAAGAACAGAAGGAAAAGCUGCCAGGCGUGUAGGCUACGAAAAUGCUAUGAAGUUGGAAUGAUGAAAGGUGGGAUUCGGAAAGACCGCAGAGGUGGCCGUGUGCUGAAACACAAGCGACAAAGAGAGGAGCAUGAUGGCAAGAUUGGAGGAGUUGCAUUUGAAUCGAGAAGCCCAACGCUCUGGCCAGGCCCCCUGGUGAUUAAACAUACCAAGAAAAAUAGUCCAGCCCUGUCUUUGACAGCAGACCAGAUGGUCAGUGCCUUGCUAGAUGCAGAACCACCUGUUGUCUAUUCAGAAUAUGAUCCUAACAGGCCUUUCAAUGAAGCUUCUAUUAUGUCACUGUUGACUAACCUUGCUGACAGAGAGCUGGUACACAUGAUCAACUGGGCCAAAAGAGUACCAGGUUUUGUGGAUUUAGUACUCCAUGAUCAGGUACAUCUACUGGAAUGUGCUUGGCUAGAGAUACUGAUGAUUGGCUUAUGCUGGCGUUCAAUGGAACACCCUGGAAAGCUGCUGUUUGCUCCUAACCUAUUGUUGGACAGGAAUCAAGGGAAAUGUGUUGAGGGCAUGGUGGAAAUUUUCGACAUGCUGCUGGCCACUUCUACUCGGUUUCGAAUGAUGAAUCUUCAAGGGGAAGAAUUUGUGUGCCUUAAAUCCAUCAUUCUACUCAAUUCUGGCAUCUAUACCUUCCUUUCCAGCAGCUUAAGAUCACUGGAAGAAAAAGACCAUAUUCAUCGUGUGCUAGAUAAAAUUACAGACACCUUGACCCAUUUGAUGGCCAAAUCAGGUCUUUCUCUGCAGCAACAGCACAGACGACUGGCUCAGCUUCUCCUCAUCCUUUCCCACUUUCGGCACAUGAGCAAUAAGGGAAUGGAGCACCUGUACAACAUGAAGUGCAAAAAUGUGGUGCCUCUUUAUGAUUUGUUGCUGGAGAUGCUAGAUGCCCACCGUCUGCAUGCCCGUGCCACACGGACCACACCCCAGGGAGAAGAAGAGCCUAUGAACCAACUGGCAACCACAUCCACAUCAACGCAUUCCUUGCAGCCUUGCUAUGUGAACAAAAUGGAAGAUGAGAAUGAGCAACAAGCAAUAUGAGAGUCCCCAUUUCAAACAGCCUAUAGGUUUCUGAGAAUCCCAUCAGAGAGCUACCUACUUCAGGCUUAGCUGAACUGGUACCAUGUGUGUAAGCACUCCAAUGCUCACCAAUCACCAGUGAUCCCCAAAACAUUGCUUACUGAGAUCCUUAGUGGAUGAACAUUUAUCGUUCUGGAUAUACUAUAAGGAUUCAAGGAU